AUGGUCAAGCCAACUACUCCGACCAAACGCAAAGCUUGCAAGAGCGAUCCGGAGGGCAGCUCCGAGCAGUCGGCUGCUCCCGAUACACCCUCCAAGAAGGCCAAGAAAGAUUGGACGGCCGAGGAAGAAGCGGCUCUGAUGAAGGCCGUCUUUGACUUGGCAUUGGACAGCAUUCCUCACCUGCACAGCGCUAGCGGAUUGCGCGAGACCAGGACCAAUCCAUCCAUCAAUACCAAGCCUCGAACGCUUCGUGCAAAGUACGAGAAGCGCAACUGAUGAGCCAUGCAGCGAUCGAAGCUGAC